AUGGAUAUUCCCAGUAAUGAGUCAGAAUAUAACCAGAAAGAUUUAAAUAAGAAAAAUACUUCAGUUUUAACUUCUAAGUCUGUGAUUUCAAAAAGAAAAUGUCAAAAAGUUCUUCAAGAAUUUGAAAUUAGUAAAAACUUAAAAGAACAAGCAAAUGAGUUAAAA